AAGGUGUUUUUAGAGCAAGUUUCAGAUAAUGCUGUGUUGUGUCAGUUUCUGGCUUUAGUAAAGCUCCUCUGCAGCAUAAUAACCACCAUUCAAACUAGGAUAAAUAUGUAUCUCUGUGUGAUUGGAAGCUGUUUUAGCUACAGAUAAAUAAACAGAGAGAAAACUGGGGAAUUGCUUGAUUGCUGAUCCCCUAACAGUUUGAGUUGAAGACAAAUUUUGAAUACCAUGCUGUCAUCUGUGUGAAAAAUUAAGUAGCUUGUUAGAGCUUUCAAGGAAAACAUGAUGCAGCAUGAUCACGUGUAUUUGUGUAAAUGUUCAAGGCCCCCUCAGCUGAGGAUAUGAGACUACACUGAGGUGUGGACCUUGACGUAGCAGAAAAAAACCAGAAUUCUCUGAGGAAAUACAGCAGCAAGAUCUCCUGUACAAGAACAGAUCACUCGCCAGUAAACUGAGCCAAGAUACUCAGCUCUGUUGCAGAUUGUGCUAUUGUUGACAAAUGUUGCUAAUCCAGCAUCAUGCACCUUUACCUACUUCGGACAGAAAUGGGGAGAACAGGGGAAAAAAAAAAAAAGUGUGCCUUUUCCCAAAGAUGGAACCACUGGAGUGAAAGGGAAGAGAAGGAAAUAAUUCACCUUCUUAAAGCAAAAGGAAUUACUGACCAAAAAAGACACUAUACAGUAAGAAUCUCCUGAGUCCAUCGAGCAUCAUUUUAAGGCUUAUGGGAAAUGAAAGGAACCUUCACAGAAAUAUAACUCAGAAACUCAGAUCAUCUCAACUCUGGAAUGCAUCUUCAACUCAUUCCAGGCCCUGGGACUGGUAACCUUUUUGGGAGGCUUCAGCACCAAACCCCAAAACCUGAUCAAGUCCGAUAAACAAAUUUCUUGUAUCAGCAGAGGGCGCAUCGUCAUUAACCAAGUGAGGGCCCUCCAGCUUGCUGCCAGACCCCACGCGCUCACCCACUGGGCGUCAGAUGUCAAAGACGGGAUGAAGUGACAGAACCGCAGGCAGAGGAACUUGUGAAAGUGACGCAGCUGUACUGUAAAAACGCCAGCCCACGGACUUUGCUGCCAGAGGAACUUAACUGCCAGCGCUGAUAGACCUGAGAACAGGAUUGCCUCAGACAUGGAGCGAGAACCGAUGCGCAUAAGGGAGGGCUACUUGGUUAAGAAGGGCAGCAUGUUUAAUACCUGGAAGCCGAUGUGGGUUGUGCUUUUAGAAGAUGGAAUUGAAUUCUACAAGCGGAAGGCUGACAACAGCCCCAAAGGGAUGGUCCCACUAAAAGGAAGCUCUAUUAACAGCCCAUGCCAAGAUUUUGGCAAAAGAAUGUUUGUCUUCAAGCUCACUGCAGCCAAGCAGCAGGACCACUUUUUUCAAGCUGCCUACCUGGAGGAGAGAGAUGCCUGGGUACGGGAUAUCAAGAAAGCAAUUCAUUGCAUAGAUGGAGGCCAAAGGUUUGCCAGAAAAUCCACAAGAAGGUCUAUCAGACUGCCUGAAACAAUCAACCUGAGUGCUUUGUACCUCUCAAUGAAAGAUCCUGAAAAGGGAAUAAAGGAGUUGAAACUGGAAAAAGAUAAAAAAGUGUUCAAUCACUGCUUUACAGGCACCUGUGUGAUUGACUGGCUGGUGUCCAGCAACUCCAUCCGAAAUCGCAAAGAAGGUCUCAUGCUUGCCUCCUCGCUCUUGAGUGAAGGCUACCUACAGCCUGCAGGGGAUACGUCCAAGGCUGCUGCCGAGGGCCUGUCAGAUACCCCCUUCUUAGAUCUCAGCGAUGCUUACUAUUACUUUCCAGACAGUGGGUUUUUCUGCGAGGGAAAUUCUAGUGAUGAUGAUGUGGUCCUGAAAGAAGAAUUCAGAGGCAUAGUAGUCAAACAAGGAUGUUUGCUGAAACAGGGACAUCGGAGGAAGAACUGGAAAGUGAGAAAGUUUGUUUUAAGAGAGGACCCUGCUUAUCUUCACUACUAUGAUCCUGCUGGAGCCAAAACCUGCCCUAAGAAAGGAAAGGGCAUUGUCACUGACAAAACCUGUCCCACAAAAGCUGUCAUUCAGGGAGAAGAACCACUAGGAGCAAUUCACUUGAGAGGCUGCGUGGUGACAGCAGUGGAAGAUAUGCCAGACUCCAAGAAGUAUGAUGUUGACAACAUCCUCUUUGAAAUCAUCACAGCAAAUGAAAUCCACUAUUACUUGCAAGCAGCCUCAUCUGCAGAGCGUACAGAGUGGAUCAAAGCAAUUCAGGCAGUUGCUAGGACUGGAAAAUGAAGAUGAUCUGCCAGCAAGAAGACAGACAACUGAAAUUCAUUACUCAAAACAAAACAGAAAUUUUAGCAUUUCACUGAGAGAAAACAGGAUCAUCCAAAAAGAUGUCCUAAGGCUUCUAGGUUGGGGGUGAGGGUGGGUAGUAAGUUUCAAUACUAUAGUGGGCACUAACAAACUAACAUUCUUCCACUUGUGUUAUGGUAAUAUUUUACUAAAUUAUAGCACAGAAAAUGCCAUAUUAGUGUGUGCUGCUUAGAGUAAUUGGUCUACCUUGGGAAGGUUGUACCUUACACCUUUCCCUGCUGCCACAGCUGAUAGUGAGAAUUUCACCAUUAACAGGGGACAGUCAUAUCACUGACUACAAGUGAGGAGCUCAACCUGUCACCUACCAUUCAGCCUGUGUUGUGUUUCAGUAUCUUCAGAUACUUCAAAGUCUUCCCAAGACAAACUUUACACUUUCUUCUUUACCAGAUCUUUUUACUGCUUGUUCACCUAUACAAGUAAUGCCACAGAUUUAAGGAGAGAAAUCAAGUCACUUGGAAACCUGAUCCACUCCUUUAUAAUCCUUCAGUGUUAAGGAAGGGAAGAAUGCAGACAGCUAUGGAAACACCACAUGGAAAGCAAGUACAACUCAGUGACAGUGGUAUUAGGAAAAGUCUCUUCCCACAGUAUAUCAAACACAAAGCAAUCUCAGUUCAACUUCUUUAUCACCUGAUUUUGACCUUUGCUAAAUUUCUCCCCAAGAAUCUGCUCUAGGACCAUUGUUUCCCUUCAUUUAGGUCUCCAAAGCAGCUGCUAGGGUGUCAUACACUGCUGAUUUGACCUGUACUUUAAUUAAGAAUCUUAACAGGAGAAGGGAAAGGAUCCAUCGGUUACUUACUUGAACUACUGCUUUGAAGUGGUUUUGUUUAGAUUUUUCUUUUUUAACCUCCAGCAAUAUACUCAGUCCUUGGUUCUAUGCCUUACUAAUAUAAGAGAAACUUUAUGCUUGUUGUAACUGAAAUAAACAUUAUUAUUUGACAGGAUCGGUUUACCUGAUCAAUCCUUAUAUUUUUGGCUGACUGUAUGUAUCAAACUUCUAAGUCUUAAACUUUAAGCAGGAGUUGAAAGUCAAGUUAACGUCAGAUUCUGCAUGUAGACUGUUCCGGAUGGAGACUGAUGUUUCUGAGUGCUAGUAAACUUCAAAACUUUUAGAACUCUGUUUGUAGAUCUAAUAAGGUACCUUAUCCUUAAGAAUUCUUAUUUGGAUCUCUUCAGUCUAAAAAUAAAUCUGGAGCUAAAGCUUCUUUUCAAUUCUGCUUAAUUAUACCUAUAUCUGAGCUAAUGAACAUGAAGGUCUUUUGCCUUAAUAUUGCUUAUCACAAAGAAAACACAGCCUUGCAGGGGCAACAGGCUGGCAAACACUGCAUCGUCAUGCCCAUUUAAGACAUCCAGAGGAAAUCGGCUUCUGGCAGGCAUUUCCUGUAUCUCACGCAAGCUGACAGGAUCGCUGAAGCGUGGUCUAUCAUUCUGAGGAAGGAAGAUUCAUGGCAAAAAGAUACCCUGUUUGCUCAGCCUGCUUUCUUGGUAAUUGCUUUGUGGUUGCUGCUUAUUUUUGCCUUCAGACCUCACUAACCCAAAAAUACCCUAUGGCACAGGAAAAUAGAAAACCACUCCGCAGAACCAAACAACAGAAACUUGCCCAGCUUAGCAAAGGAGGGAUGCAACUGCCAAUUUUUAAUAAAACUAAAAAGUUUUACCAGUC